AUGGCACCUCCACACACACAGCACUUGAAUAUUGUAAAGGAAAACACUGACGAGGCAACAACAACAGCAACAACACCCUCAAACGCAGAUAACGAGGACAAUACAACAACAAUGUUGCCAACCAAUACUGAAGAAGAAUUGCAUUUCGUUGUAGACAACAGUGUCGACGAGGAAGAGUUGAAUGCCGGAAACGGAAAUAACGAAUUUGAAACCAAUAUGUCGUCGUCAUCGUCGUCGCAGUCAAUGGAUGGUGGUGCAACAAUUGAAAAUAAUGAGGACGCCGAGGAUGUGAAUGACAACUUAAAUGAAUCGUCAUCGCUGAACGAUGCUGAAGAGUUUGCCGUCAAACGAAAUGAGUUCGACAGCAGCGAUGAUGAGGACGGCGAUGACGAAGAUGUUGUAAAACACUCCAAUUAUGGCAUACGCAACAAACUCCGUGAAGAUAUUUCCUCAUCGGAUGAUGAAGAUGCCGGCAACAAUCCGGACAUGCAUCCCACGUUCUAUGAUGAAUGGGGUUCGGCACCGGCUAAAGAAAAUAAUGAUUUAAGCAAUGACAUUGAUGUCUACGAUGUGGAACCAGUUGAUUUGUCCAAUGACAUUGCCGUCAAUGAUGCUCCGGAUCUACCCAUUAAUCCGGAUGCGGAAUUUAUUGAUGUCUUUGGUGGCAGACAAAAAUUGGCCACAAUGCCCAAGUUUGAGAAGUUGUCCUUAAGACAGGCAACAGAAGAUGAGGGUGAGGGUCAAGAUGAUGUUGAGACAGUCGAACAUUUAUCAUCAUUUAGUGGUGAAAUGAAAUAG